CUCAAAUAGACAGGUUCCUAUAUAAGAAACGACUCUGCUGUAUUGUCAUUAGACUUAGCCAUGGCUCGUAUUAAGAUACUCCUGCUUACCGCAUUCUUCGCUGUCGUGGCGCACGCCGUGCCAGUAGAGCAGGACAAUCCGGAAAAACCACCAGUUAUUCCACCAGGUGUGCCACCAGGUGUGCCACCAUCUUUGCUCCCAUAUAUACCACCAAUUUGUUUACCAUAUAUUCCGAAACCGAUUCUGCCACCACAUUAUCAACAAGUUUCCAUACCGUAUAAUGCAGGUGUUAAGCCACCACAUUAACCACCAGUUUCACCAUCGUAUAAUCCAGGAGUUUUCUUACCACGUUAUGCACCAGUUUUCCUACCGUAUUAUCCAAGUGUUUCCCCAGCAUAAAUUCCACCAGGACUCCCAGACUGGCCACCAUAUAAACUACCAGUUUUGGCACCAUUUGGACCACUGUUUCCGCUACCGAUUGGAACACCAAGUUUGCCAAUAA